AUGACUGACGACCAUUCUAAGAAAUCAGAUUCUGUUGGGGUGAUGGAAGUCGAAAAUGGCCAGCCAUUAACGACGAUCAUCUCCCCAAGAGGAAAGAUCGUCCAAAUCACUGACGAUGUUGACCAAGCUAUGGAUUUGGCCCAGGAGGCCGACCACCAAGUAUUUUCUGAGCAGGAAGACAGGAAAUUACUAUUCAAGCUUGAUUGUAUUGUUCUUCCUCUUUUCUCGUUCCUGUACAUGAUUCAGUUCAUGGAUAAGACGUCUAUCGGAUUCGCAGCAGUCAUGGGAAUCCGGGCCGAUUACAACAUGAAGGGACAGAUGUACUCAUGGACAAACUCGUGUUUCUAUCUUGGGUACUUGUGUGCGGCACCAUUUUCUGCCAUCAUUUUACAAAAGUUUCCAAUUAUCAAGGCAGUUAGCACGUUCAUUGUUAUUUGGGGAAUUAUACAGUGCUUACAUGUUACGGCAAAGUCAUACGCAACAUUUGUUCUUCUAAGGACAUUGCUCGGAGCUCUUGAGUCUUUCGUGUCUCCUGUCUUCGUUGUCAUACUUAACCAAUACUACAGACAUACAGAACAUUUUGGCCGGACUGCAAUUUUCUAUGGAUUCAACGGUCUCGGCACCGUUGUUCUCUCUGGCAUUUCCUAUGGUCUUUAUGAGAGAUCUGGAGAGUACACCAUGAAAGCUUACAAGGUGCUGUUUAUGAUCAUUGGUAUGGGCACCAUUGUGAACGGACUGCUGAUCAGGCUAAUCAUGCCAGACACUCCAGCACAGGCCAGAUUCUUGACUCACAGAGAGAAGCUCAACGUGGUGGAGAGAAUCAGAGGAAACAAUCAAGGAUUCGGAAACAGGCAUUUCAAGAAGUACCAGCUGAUCGAAUGUGUCACGGACGUGAGAACCUGGAUUUAUUUCGCUAUUGGCAUUUUGGUGGCCAUCCCCAACGGAGGUAUCAGUGGAUUCGGAACUAUUUUGCUCAAGUCCAUGGGAUAUUCUUCUAUCAGAUCCUUACUGAUGAAGGCUCCUCUAGGAGGUGUGGAGUGCGUGGGUCUUAUUGCUCUGAGAUACCUAUCCAUCUUCAUCAAGAAAAGAAUGGUUUUGGGUAUUUCGUACAUGGUGCUUGUCGUGAUUGCAUCUUGUCUGCUCGCUUUUGCACACCAGGAGAAAGCACAGCUUGCUGGUUACUAUCUGCUAGGAGUGGCUCCUGUUGGUAUCAUUUUAGUCACGUCAUGUGUCACCUCUAACACAGCAGGACACACCAAAAAGUUGGUUGCGAACGCCAUUUCGCUUGUUGGCUAUUCCUGCGGAAAUAUCGUUGGACCUCAGACCUUCCAAUCCUCAGACGCACCACACUAUCCAAAGGCCAAGGCAACCGUUGUCGGAUGCUACUGCGGAGCAAUCGCGCUGAUGAUCAUUCUCAUGGUGAUAAACAUCGUGGAGAAUCGUCGCAGAGAUAAGCAAAGAGAACAAAUGGGUGACAGCUACAAGCCGGUUGACAACAUGGAGUUCGCCGAUUUGACAGACGGUCAAAACCCAGAGUUCCGUUAUCGUAUAUAA